AUGGCCGAUGUGGUUACGAUUGUAAGGUCUAAAGGAUAUGCGGGAUUGGAUAUGGAUAUGCCUAGAGAAAUGAAGAAAAAGAGAAGGAAGAGGCAACAACAACAACCUUUGAAAGAGGUCGAUGAAGAUGAUGUUAACGGGCGAUGGAAAACGGACCAUGUGUUGUGGGCACCAGGGUGUGAAAAUAUGGUAAUUGACAGUGACCUCUGGUCUAUUUCGCUCCCAAAUAUCUUGAAUUGGGUGGAUCUCGGGUAA